AUGAUACGAAUCGCGCUCUACUAUUUAUUCUACAUCUCCGAAUCAUACUCGCAGAACCGAGGCUACAUUCAUGGCCAGAAAAACAGCCAGAGCUUCUUGGGCUGCGCAGGACUCCUUGUCCUUCUUGUAGUUUUAAUCAGAGACGCACAUUCUGAUUCAAUUUCGGGAGGCCAUGGACACAAAGCCUCUCGGCGGCAUCUGUUAAUCGAAGAGGACCACUCCCCGGGAACCAACGGAACAGCCGACCUCAAGUCCACUGAUCCUGAUGUCCCCAAAAGCCCAAAGUCGUUGGACUGGUCUUAUCUGGCGGGAGGACUGGGGGUGGCCCUCUCCGUCUCGCUAGUCAUCGUCGUGGCGGUCAAGUUUCGCCUCUUCCAUCGCUUCCUCGCCAGCUACAGACACUCCCUCCUGCAGGAGAUGGACGGCGUCAGCCAGUACGGACCGGACGAACAGACCUUCCCCAGCAGCAUCUCGGGGAGACUGGGGGCGGUCACACGGGGGGUGGAGGGAGUGGAGGAGGACGACGACGGCUUCAUCGAAGAUAACUACAUCCAGACGAGUGAGAAGGACCGAGCAGACCGAGAAACAGAGGAGGUGGAAGACGAAGAUACAGAGGACAGUGACGACGACCUGCAGUUCACCAUCGGCUAA